CACCAGUUCCACCUCCCACCACCUUCCCCAUUUCUUUAUUUUCGCCGCCGCCUACAUAUCCACCACCUUUGUAGCUCCAUGGCUUCCAUGUAGCUCAACCAACCUCUAGUGGUGACCUCUGCCACCCGACUUCCGCAGACCGUAGUCACACAUGAAAGUUUUGAGAUAGAAUCGGAGUUGCCAUGAAAUUCUAUAGGGCUAAGGAAACAAAAGAGUUGGUGAUUUAGGAAAUAGGGGUGGUGGAGGUGGAGGCCAUAAAGAUGGUGGCUAUGGAGGCCGGUCUGCGGAGCUCACCCAAUGGUAGUGACGGUGGCGGUGGCGGCGGAAGUGAAGGCCAUGGAGGUGGUGAGGGGCGGCAAAAAUGGAGGAAUGGGGUGGCUGGUUGGCAGUGGAGGCAAUGAAAUGCUGGAGGGGGUUGAAAUUACAGAGAAAAGAGCGGGCUGCGGACAAAGAGAAAAGAGAAGGAAGAAAGAGAAAAAAGUGAAGAAAGAAAGAAAGAAAAAGGGAAAAUGGAGGAAAAUACUCGUACGUAACAGUAGAAAAAUUGCCAAUUGGACAUCAACAUGGGCCAUCAACUUGGAAACCGGAUAUGUACCUACAAAAUAUCUAAUUUGACUCUUUUUUUAAUACUUUGAGGAUUUAAUUGACCAGUUUAAAGGUAAGAUGACUCAAUUGACCUUUUCUUUAUUUUAUUAUAAAAAUACAUGAAUCUAUUUGACAGUUUUCCUUUAGGGAUCUUUCGCCAAUGUUCUG